AUGCGAGUUUCAGUAUUUCCAGGAGGCUUCUUCACGUCAUCCACUUCUGCGUCAGUUCAUCGACGUUUACCACAGCUUCCCGCUGAAUCCCCGGGAACCUCUACUCAUUUGAGUUUAUGUUUUCAUUCAAAACCAGAAAUGUCAACAAAUUUAUUUUCACCACCUUUAGAUGUUUCACAUCCUACUCAGGCAUCAUCAUCCAUUAAACAAAAUCACAGGAUUUGUUUUGGCACGGAUUCAUUAAUUAGUCAGUCAGCGUUAUUUUUGGAAGAUAGCUACUAUGAAGAAGACAAUAUUAAUGGUAAUCAGUUGUCUUCCAGAAAAGGCAAUAGUUUCAUAUAUAAAUUAAAUUCCAAUACGGAUAAUUUUGCAGCAGUACAACAAUUUGUACUUGAAGAUUCUUCUGGAGUGUCAAGUUGCUGCACAGGCUUAGAGCAGUUCAACCCAACACAUCGAGUACAUUCACCAUUUAUUCCAAGGCAUUCUGAUGAAGUACUUUUGGAAAUUGGUGAUGCUGUUCACGUUGAAAGAGAAUGUGAAGAUCAUUGGUGCUAUGGAACUAAUCUAAGAAGUAAUCAGCAUGGUAUAUUUCCAUCAGCACAUGUUUGUGAAAUUGAUUUAGUUGAGGAAAUUUGUAUGGGAGCAUUGCCAAGUAAUGCUAAUCAAACGAUGACAAAUGAACGCGAUACAUUUUAUUUAACAAUGUUAGCAUCAAUUGAGGUAGCUCAUCACAAAGGAAAUGAUGUUCUUAUUCAGGCUAUGAACAAGGUACUUGGGAUAUAUCAUAACAAAGAGGAAAUAAUAGUACCUCAAACGGUUCUCAUGGAAGUAUCGUUCCGUGGUAUACAUAUCAUUGAUAAACGGAAAAAGAAUUUUUUCCAAUGCCCUACGUUUGAUUUUUUCUAUAGCUUACAAAAUAUUUCUUUUUGUGGUGCGCAUCCAAAACAACUGAGGUACUUUGGUUUUAUUACAAAACAUCCGUUAUUGCCACGUUUUGCAUGUCACGUCUUCUUAUCUAAUGUGUCUACUCAACCAAUAGUUGAAUCCAUAGGACGUGCAUUCAAGCGUUCUUACGACGAAUAUAUGGCAUUUGCUCAUCCAACGGAAGAUAUUUACCUCGAAUAA